AUGGCGUCAACGAAUUUCCUAUCAGUAAAAACGCAUCUUUCAGAAUUUAAAGGUAGUUCAGACAAAGACACAAUGAGUGAGGCUUCCGAAAGUGGAACGAGCAAUUCUGUGACGUCAGCAGAAGACUUACAGAAAUUAGCGGUAAUACUUGGACUAAAUAGCGCUGAAGAUGUGUACCAGGAGAGAUUUAGAGUUGACAGGCGCCGUUUGGAAUCUAUGCUAGCUGACAAUUUGGAUGAAUCGCAAACUGCUCAAGCUUUUUUCCACAGGGUCAUGAAUGAGACAAACACUUUAAUUAACUGGCCCGCCCGUCUAAAAAUUGGGGCUCGCUCAAAAAAAGAUCCCCAUGUACGUAUUGCUGGCCGACCUGAUGAUGUUAAGCUGGCGAGAGAGAAAAUUAUGCAGUUACUGGACACGAGGAGUAACCGAGUCACAAUGAAGAUCGAUGUCAGCUACACUGACCACUCUCACAUCAUCGGGAAGGGUGGUCUUACAAUAAAACGCGUAAUGGAGGAGACCGGCUGCCACAUACACUUCCCGGACUCGAACCGGACCAGCACCCAGGAGAAAAGUAACCAAGUGUCCAUAGCGGGGGACAUGGAGCGAGUAGAGAGAGCGCGGGCGAGAGUUCGGGCGUUAACACCUCUGGUGUUCUGCUUCGAGCUGCCAAUAGUAGCGCCCUCCCAGCCUCUACCAGACAUCAACUCGCCCUACGUACAGCAGAUACAGGAGCAGUACAAUGUUCAGGUGAUGCUUCGUAAUCGUCCCAAGCUCCACGCCAAUCUGGUGGUGGUGAAGGGCGUGCAAUGGGAGGUCCUCGCCACCAUGGAGGCAACUGCACUGCUCAUGACUUAUAUGUGCGGCCCGCUGGCUAGCCAGACGCAGGUGCAGAUGUCGCUGGAGAUCUCGCCCAUGCACCACGCCGUGGUGGUGGGGCGCGGCGCCGAGCAGCUCAAGGUCAUCAUGAAGGGCACGGCCACGCAGAUCAUGUUCCCCGACGCCGACGACCCCAACAUCCCCGCGCUGCGCAAGAGCUGCGUCACCAUCACCGGCCAGAUCAAGGACGUGUACGCGGCGCGCCAGCAGCUCGUGGGUAGCCUCCCCCUGGUGGUGAUAUUCGACGUCGCAGAAGAACACUGUUGUAUAGAAGGCGAAGCGGCCGCUAGACUGAUGGCCAAACACAACGUCUACAUAAGCGUCCGUCGCAAGCCCAAACAGGGAAUCGCCUCUGUUGUCAUCAAGGGAAUCGAACGAUGCGCUGGUGACAUAUACGAAGCAAGGCGUGAGCUACUCGGCGGUAAGGAGGCAGCUAUAACCGCUGAGAUACCUGAAAGCUACAACAUCCCCUCCAUAACCAAUACCAUGCCCAACUUUAGUUCCUUCAACCCCUUUUCCCCAUCGCAUAACAUCACCAACUCUCCAUGCUCACCUUACAACUUAAACGAGUUGGCCAAUUACGCAAACAUUGGUAGCCCAAUGUUUGGCCAUAAUCCACCAACUCCUGGAGGGUACCCCACCCCCCUUUCCCCAGUGGCGAUGACCCCCCCAGUGUUUCCGACCGGCUGGAUGGUUCCAAGUCCUCAGCCACGACCCGGUCAGUUCCAUUUCCCCACUUUGACCCAAAAUCCUGCUCAGGUAAUGUUCAAGAAUCAUGGAUCUUGGAAUCCGCUUUCUGGCGCCCCAGAGGCCACCGUACCACAUUGCCUACAGAUGCCUCCCGAACAUCGACACAUAUCGAUGUUAAACUCCAGCUCACAAGCAAGUAGCGGCUACCAGAGCAACUUCACCGGCAGCUCUGUGUCACUUGACGCCCAGAACAUUUCAGGUGGUGAUGGUAGUAACGUGGGCUCACCCUCCGUGUCGCCCAUCAGUAAGACAUCGCGUCCAAGUCCUCCACCUACCUCCGAGAACGAUCGGUCACAACACGAAUUAGCGAAUAUAAUAUCGGAGCUGCCGCUAUCAGAGCGUCGCGCUGUGGGCUGUGAGAAGAAAACACUGGAGACUCUCACAAAACUAGCGCCCUCGCCUGCAGACUACCGCACACUAAGGGCCGAAGCAAAUAAGGCGAUGCGAGAAAAUGUCGGUAGUGGCUACAGGGUGCCAACAACACGCUGGUCGGGCUUCUACUUCAGCCAUACUUCUCCUGGACCUCUCAAACUUAACGAGAACGAGGGAAUGGUCACGCCUGAUAAAGGUCGAAACAGGGUGGAUUUAGUGCGACCCAACAUAGUGGAGGCCGCCCCGUCUCCACCGUCUAACAAGCCCUGCCGCUAUCAGCAACUGUAUGACUUAUUAAGGGAUGUCGGCCUACAUAAAUAUAUUGAUCUAUUCAAAAAGCACGAAUUGGACAUGUCUACUUUCACGUCUCUCAAUGAGGCCGAUCUUACUGAGAUCGGUGUGACGGCCUUUGGCGCUCGUAGGAAGAUGCUGCUGGUCAUUGCAGAGCUGCAAAAGCAAUCGAGCGCAUAUAAAGGCAACGUCUCCCAGUCGGAAAGGAAAAUGAUAAACUCCCCACCUCAAUAUAACACGACUGCGCUGGCGCAGGACAAGUGGUAG